AGUGCGCGGACGGUGGGUGGAAGAGGAUGAGCGCCGCAGCGCGCAGCGGUCGCCGCCGGGCGCGAGUGUCCCGCCUGGUGUCCUUCAGCGCGAGCCACCGGCUGUACAGCAAAUCUCUGAGUAAUGAAGAAAACUUGAAACUGUUUGGGAAAUGCAGCAAUCCAAAUGGCCAUGGGCACAACUAUAAAGUUGUGGUGACACUAUAUGGAGAGAUUGAUCCUGUUACAGGAAUGGUUAUGAAUUUGACUGACCUCAAAAAACAUUUGGAGGAGGCAAUUAUGAAGCCCCUGGAUCAUAAGAAUCUGGAUGCAGAUGUGCCAUACUUUGCAGAUGUUGUAAGCACAACAGAAAAUGUAGCUGUAUAUAUAUGGGAAAACCUUCAGAAACUUCUUCCUAUGGGAACUCUUUAUAAAGUAAAAGUGUAUGAAACUGACAAUAAUGUGGUAGUCUAUAAAGGAGAAUAGCUCUUAAAGAUUAACGUUGUAGAAAGACUACUUUCUUUCUGUAUUUGGAAAAGGUCUUUAUCCCCUGGAAUGUUAAGGAAUCACCAUGUAAUUGUUGUACCUCCACAUUGUGUUCUGGAAUGCCUGAUUUAUUGAAAUCAUCGUAAGACCUGUUAUACAUUUAAAUCUAUUUUUAUCAUUUAGAGAGUUUUAUUUAUAGAUUAAAAAUCACUUUAUUUUCCACAAAACGUUUUGGUGUGGAAUUAUUUGAAAGCAAAAGAAAUCUAUUUUUAUUGUUUUCUCUGUUAUCUCAUUCUUACUAUUCAUUUUUUCUUGUUAUAAUAUAAAUGGUAAAAACAUGUGACUUACAGUAGGCGAAUCUUAUAAAGAAUAAAAUUCAGAUGACCACAAA